AUGAUAUCAUCGCUCAUGUCGCAAUCCCGAGUCGCCAGCGCCCACCCCGCUUCAUAUAUCAGAGCUCUUCUGUCUCUUCAACCGCCCACCAUUUCUUUCUUCAAGCGUCUCUUCGGCUCCUUUGCCGCCCCCUCUCCCGCCGCCAUGUCCGCCGCCACCACCCGUGCACAGAAGUUGAUUAACGACAAUGCCGUCGUUGUCUUCUCCAAGUCUUACUGCCCUUACUGCCACUCCUCCAAGAAGCUGCUGAGGGACCUGAACGCCAAGUACACCGUUCUCGAGCUCGACCAAGAUGACGAAGGAUCCGCCAUCCAGACCGCACUCGCCGAGAUCACCGGUCAACGCACCGUGCCCAACAUCUUCAUCAACCAGAAGCACAUCGAGGGUGGCAACUCGGGCUUGCAAGGCAAGACUGACCUCAAGGAGCUCCUCGAGGCCGCCGGUGCUCUUUAA